UCACAGACAAAGGAUAAACAACAAAAUGAAAUGGAUCAAACUGAAAGCCUUUUUAUUAAUACAACUUUGGAGGAAAAUGGGACUGUUACAGAAUGUAAAAAUGUUGAAGAUUUAAAGCAAACUGGUAAUAACGACAGCAGUGAAACAUCAUCAACAGAGGACAGCAGCAGUGGUUCAUCCAGCAGUGACGAUUCAUCUACAACUGAGUCUGGAGAGGAGUCAACUAAAGGUUCAGCAUCGGAGUCGUGCAACAUUGCUUUAGAAAUCUCACUUAUCUCUAAUGAAGGAACUGAGGAUAUACGCCAGGACGACACGUCUACUUCCAAGGAACUGAAAGAGAAACGCAGUUCUUCAUUAAAUCCUCAUGUGCGAAAAGAGGAACUUCACCGAAACAAGAAGGGUCGAAGUAUGGAGCACACAAGCACAGGAACAAAGACUUCUGAACACCUGACAGACAGCAACGACAAACGGAAAUGGAAUUAUUCAGAAGAGACUGAAGAUAAAUGGCUUAAAAAAAAAGAAAAAAAAAAAAAAGAAAAGGCGGCAAAGGUCUUGGAAAAGGAGGCGCUAAGCGUCACCGCAAAGUUCUUCGUGAUAACAUCCAGGGUAUUACUAAACCCGCCAUCCGCCGUUUGGCUCGCCGUGGCGGUGUGAAGCGUAUUUCCGGCUUGAUCUACGAGGAGACCCGCGGUGUGCUCAAGGUUUUCCUUGAGAACGUCAUCCGUGAUGCCGUCACCUACACCGAGCACGCCAAGAGAAA